GAGCCACCACUGGAGGCACCCAGGCAGGGCAGCGCAGGGUCCCCGCUGUCACCGCCUCUCUCCCACAGGCUCCUGGAGGUGCAGGAUGACUCUUUUCGACGGCGUCUACCCCUUCUACCCGCAGCAGAGGAAGGCUGCCGGGUUUGACAUCGGCACCAUCACAGUCACCGUGGUGUUCCUGACGCUGGCUUGCAGCUUCCUGCUCAUCUCCCCGGGCAUCCGCGGCCGGGCGAGGCUGUUCUGGACUCUCCGCGUUCUCCUCAGCCUCUUCGUGGGAGCGGUGAUCGUCGCUGUCCAGUUCACCAGAGACUGGGAGAGUGGCUGGGUGAGGGCAAACACCUCCUACAAGUCCUUCAGCCCCGUGCAGGUGAGCGCUGACAUCGGGCUGCACAUCGGCCUGGCCGGGCUGAACGUCACGCUCAGGGGAAACCCAGUGGAGCAGAUCAACGAGACCAUCAACUACAACGAGCACUUUCCCUGGAGCUUUGGGGCAGAUUAUGAGCACAGCUACAGCCAGGGGCUGCAGAAGGGGCUGCCCAGCCCCAUCCUGUACGUGGCAGAGAAGUUCAGCUGGCAGAGCCCCUGUGGCUGGCACAGGCGGUACCGCAUCGCCGGGCACUACGCCUCAGCCAUGCUCUGGGUGGCCUUUUGCACGUGGGUCAUGUCCAACAUUCUGCUCUCCAUGCCUGCCCUGGUUUAUGGAGGAUACAUGCUCCUGGCCACAGGGGCCUCCAUGAUCUUCUCUCUGCUCUCCUUCUCCACCGUGAGGAACUCCCCGACGUGCCUGAUCCAGAUUGGGACCAGCACCCUGCACCUGGCCUAUGGGGGAUCCUUCUGGCUCAUGCUGGCAAUUGGCCUGCUCUGUUUGGUGGCUGGGAUCACCAUCGUGGCCAUGCACCACCUCCGUCCCGACCUGCUGAAAACUUUCUUUGAUCUCCGUGAGGACAAAGCAGAGGAGCACCAGGAGAUGCCUGGGGUGUUCAGCAACCCUCACUUUGUGAGCAAGAGCCUGCCUCCUUCUGAGCCCACUGAAAUCAACAGCCUCUAGGAGAAACUCCUCCCUCUGGCCCUGAGGAUGGACCCAGAAGGGCAGGACAAAUUCUCCUUGAUGUCCCCAGGGAUGCAUUUCCCCACCCAGCUGCCUUUGAAGUCCAAGCUGGGAUGGGUCCUUGCUGGGAAGUCCUUCCCAGACUGACUUUCCUGUGACUCCCUCUGGGAGGGGCAGGCUGUGCUGGAGGCUGCCAUCAGAGCAGCUCACCCUGCUGAGACUUGGGCUGCACACCCACCUGGGGACCCCUGUCCCAGGGGGAAUGUCCUCCCUGCUCCAUUCUCCAAGGGUCUGCUCCCACUGAAACUGAGGAGCAGCUCAUGGGUCACAUUUCUGCCUGGGAGCACCUGCCACUCCACAACCUGGGGUUAAACCUCCUAAUUUUUUCCCCAAACGUGACAUUUUUGGUUCAGGUGUAUCCAGGAAAGCCAGGUAUGGAUCCAGCUGCAGGAGGUGGAAUAAAAAACCUGCUCCAGAAACAAAGACUGAGUACAUGUACCAUGGAGCUUGCUGUGGGGGAUGUGCUGAUUUGAUUGUCAAAUUUGGCCUUUAUUAGAGGAAACUUGUAGCCUGCUGUGGGCCAGAAGGAUGCCAUAGGAAGGGAAGGAGAGUGGAGGAUGAAGUUAUCCCUGUCCAGCUGGAGCACAGUUAGGCUGGCUGGGCAGCAGGGGAGGGAGGGGAUCUGUCCCUCUGCCUCACUCAGGUGAGACCCCACCUGCAGAGCUGCCUCCAGAGAAGGACACAGAGCUGUGGGAGAGAGCCCAGAGGAGGCCUUGGAGAUGCUCUCCUGGGCACCUUCAUCCCCAUUGAUUGUAAAGUACAGAAUUCCAACAUUUUGACUUUUCUUUCUGAGAUCCUUGCUGGCGAGUUACUGAUUUCUGUCAGGUGAUACUUGUGUGUCCCUCACGUGGUUUGGUCUGCACAGGAAUUAUUUUCAAUAAAACUUUACUAAAACCCCUCUCCUUUGAAACACUGUGGGCAUUGAAGGUUUCUUCAGAAGGGGCCAUGGGGCACAUCUGGAGGUCACUUCUGGCAGGCCCCCAGCAGCAGCCUCCUGUCCAUGGGCACAAAUGUCUCCCUGGCACAUUUCAGGGUCACCCACAAAGAAAUCUUUGUCAUGAGGAGCCCAGACUGGAGGUGCUGCUCACUCUCCCUAAUGGUUAUAGCUGCUUUCCAGGGCACUGUUCCUCCUUUCCCACCUCCUCUCCCACCUCCCCCUCCCUCCCUGCUGGUCUGGUUCCUCCAGCAUCCUCCUGGAAUUGUGCUCCUCUUUGCCCUCCUGCCCUCACACUGAGAGGAGCUGUGGGGCACAGGGGGGAGCCCAGCUCCACCUCAGCUCCCUGGCUGCUGAUGGGGACAGCAUCCAAGGGCAGGGGGAAUUUUUGAGGGUCUUCAGGGGCAGGGAGCUCGUGUGGGCUCUGCUUUGCCUUUGGUUCAUGACUGUGAGUCUGCAGUUACUUCCUUUCUCCCCAUUUUGU